AAAUACUACAAAAGAAAAAAACCAUGCGGCAUCUUCAUCCUUCUGGAGAGACGCGGAUCUAAAUGAGUGAAUCCGUAUUUGGGAGAGUUUAGUGGAUACUGUGCGUUUGAUUUACGGAGAUGAAAUGAGGAAAUAACGAAAAACAUCGUGAAACAGUGAGAAUCCUGCUGAAGCUCUUAGAGGCCUUUUAAAUCUGCCUGCCACCUGGACAAAAUGAGUACAAGAGAGGACGCCCCUGCAGACCGUGGCUUUCUCGUUGCGAUCAUAUUCUUUAUCCUUGGCCUGGGAACGCUAUUGCCAUGGAACUUCUUCAUGACGGCAUCUAUGUAUUUCAACAACAGACUCAACACAUCUGAGUGGAGUAAUGGUACAGUUACGACCAGGAAAGAGUAUUAUUUCAAUAAUUGGAUGACUCUGCUAUCCCAGCUGCCUUUGCUGGUCUUCACUUUUCUCAACUCUUUUCUCUAUCAGCGGAUCUCAGAGAAGAUGAGGAUAGCUGGCAGUCUAGUCUUCAUCCUGAUCCUCUUCAUCCUCACUGCUGUCCUGGUGAAGAUCCCGAUGGAGGAGGACCGCUUCUUCUCUGUCACCAUGGCAACAAUCUGGUUUAUCAAUUCGUUUGGGGCCGUGUUACAGGGAAGUCUGUUUGGUUUGGUGGGUUUGUUGCCACAGAAGUACAGCGCCAUCUUUAUGAGCGGACAGGGACUCGCUGGGACGUUUGCUGCUCUUGCAAUGAUCUUUGCCAUUGCAAGUGAAGCUGAUAGUGAAUCUGCAGCUCUGGGUUAUUUCAUCACUCCGUGUGCCGGGACCCUCCUCACGCUCAUCAGUUACAUGCUGCUGCCGAAGCUGGAGUUUGCUAGAUUUUACCUGGACCCCAAAAGCAAGAGUUACGAGCUUGAGACGUCCAGCCAGCUGCUGUCUACAGAUGCUGUUGAAGUCACUGAGAAGUCCAGAGAUGCGUCUAAUGGCUCUGUGGCAAACGGGAAUCCUAAUAAAGGUGAUAACGAUGCAAGUGAAGAGGAGGGUGUCAAACAGGCCUUCAUCAUGCUGCCAUCAGAAAAUGCAUCAACUCAGAAGAGCUCCGUUCUGGAAGUCUUCAAAAAGAUUUGGGUUAUGGCGUUUUGUGUGACGUUUGUGUUCGUAGUUACACUGUCAGUUUUUCCUGCGGUUACUGUGGAUGUGAAAACAGUGUACAGAGGAAAAUGGGAACGAUACUUCAUUCCUGUUUGCUGUUUUCUCAUGUUUAACACGAUUGACUGGUUUGGCAGAUCUGUCACGUCAGUACUUCGAUGGCCCUCUAAAGAGAGUCGUUUGUUCCCGGCGUUGGUCGUUUGUCGAGUGAUCUUCAUUCCGUUGCUCAUGAUGUAUAACGUGCAGGAGAGGCACUAUAUGCCUGUGCUCUUCUCAAAUGAUUUUAUGUUUGCUGCUGUCAUGAUGUUUUUCUCCAUGUCCAGCGGAUACUUUGUGUGUCUGUCCAUGACGUACGCGCCGCAGCUUGUGGAGCCUAAAGAUGGCGAGACGGCUGGCGCGCUGAUGACGUUUUUUCUGGCUCUUGGUUUGUCGUUGGGAGCACUGUUUUCUUUUCCUCUGCGUUUUCUUGUCUGAUGCUUACAAGCUCACUCUCAAUCACGAAUC